AGGAGCGAAUCCUGAUGCUGUCGCACAUCGAUGCGCAGGAGCAGAUCGAGGACCUCCGCAAGCGCCUCAGCAGGAGAGACCCUGAGGCUCCUGCUGCCGCGGGGGCGGCGGCGUGCCGCCCGCUCCGCCGGCGCCCCGCCGCCGCACGAGCCCGCCGCCGCCCCGCGGGCCGCCAGAGGUGUGCGCUGCUCGGCGGCGGCGCCGCCGUAUGGCACGACGUUGGGCCUUACGCCGCCGGGCGGACGCCGCCCGUGGCCCGAACCGCCGCCGCGGGCCUGCGCCGCCCCCGCCUCUGCGCGUGCGUCUACACGCGGUCUCGGACGGCGUCGGUUGCACCGACCUCUGGACGGGCUCUGGAAGCUCAGUCGGUUCACCCACGGGGGCGCGAAUGUUGCCGCGCUUCGCGCUUCGGGGCCUGGCUGGACAGGUGCCCUUCACGUGUGCGUCGCGAGUGCUCCAGGAUCUGUAAGCCGAGCCAUGCGCUUUUGCUGCUCUUUGCGGAGCGCGAGCGGCGUUGUCAGGCGACCCAGCUCCUCUCACGUCGUCCUCCUCGCGCAGCCGCGGCUCCCGAGCGCCGAGUGCGACGAGAGCCCGCGGGCGCCUCCAGCUCGCGUCGACAUAGUCGUGGUCCAGCAGGGGGUCUCCGGUCCGCCGAGACGGGUGCAGCCAGGAUCCGGGAGGCUUCCGUGCAGAGGCGCGGUUUCAGUUUCUGUCUAAUUUACGGUAGUUCAGUGCCAAUGUCUUUUUUUGCGGGCGUGGGGCAUGUGCUCUGCCACCUCACUCAUUAAUUUGCCAGCCCGGCGGUUGCCGUGCGCGGGCAGACGCGCUCGUCGAAGGCAUGGAGCCA